UAUGUCGACUAAAGAGUUUGAUUUAUUUGUUGUCAAGGUGAUCUCAAAAUAAUAUACGAGAUUUAACCCUUCUCCCCGAAAACUUUUCCUUAUGACCCAAAACGUUGUAUUUAUGAAAAUCGUUAAGAUAUUAAUAAAUAUUUACCCUAUGAUCUAAGUUUUUAACUAAAAGUCAAAGAAAACUUUAUCAAAAGCUGUAAAAAUAAAUUAUUUGACGACAGUUAUUACAAAAAUAGUUACCAAUCUAUUGUCCGAUAUAUUCUAAUACGAAGUCGACCAUUUCCGGUUGUUGCAAACAGUGAACUUCCUUUCAUUGUCAAUGUUCUUUGUUGUUUUUAAACAUUCAACAGUUAUAAUUUCAUUUUUGUUUUGCUUUGAGUAUCGGACGGAUACUUCUAACAGUCAUAUUGAAUAUGAAAACGACAGAUCCAUUUAGAUCCGUUCUUUUGGAUAUUUCUCAAGAAAUAACAACAAGAAAUCUUGCUGAUAUGAAAUACGCUUGCGAUAAUGAUAUACCAGAUGGCGUUUUAGAAAAGUUGAAAACUCCAGUUGAUCUAUUUACUGAAUUACAACAUAGAGAUUUAUUGAGUGAGGAAAAUAAAGAGUUUCUGGCUAGACUGUUGCUGAAGAUAGGGAGGCAGGAGCUUGCAAGGAAACUACUGGGAAUGAAUGAAAAUGCUUGGAACGUUAAUGAAACAUGUAUAGUACUUCGGGGUGUUCUACCUGGGAAGGUACCACAUUUCCUUGGACGAGCUCUUAUUUGUGAAGAGAUCAUUGCUCAUUUAAUCAAAGAUCAUGAUCGUCUUGUAACAAUCACCGGACCUCCAGGUUAUGGAAAGUCUGCUGUUGCUAUUAGUAUUGGCCAUGAAAUGAUGGAGCAACAACAUUUUAAUGUUUAUUAUGUGUCAAUACGAGGGGCAUCAUCAGUUGAUAGUAUUGCAUUUCAACUUCUUUAUUCAAUGGGUGUUGUAUCAGGUCAAGACCCUAUAUCUCAAAGUCAUCAUUAUUUUGAAUCAUUAAUUCAGAAGACUUUACUUAUCUUUGAUAAUGUUGAAGAUUUUCUUGUUCCUGCUUUUGAAUUCAAUUUUCGUAAGUUUAUACGUCUUCUUGGUGAAAUGGCACCUCAUGUAUACAUGAUCAUUACAUCUCGUGUUGCUAUAAAAUUUCUUUCAUUCAACAUGAAAAAUGUUGCUCUUCCAGCUCUGUCAGAUAGAGAAGCUGCUCAACUUAUACGUAUUUUUGCUCCACAAGAAAUCUCCAAUAAUCAUGCUAUGAAACUUGGUCAACUUUGCAAAGGAGUUCCUUUACUUAUCCGUACUGUGUCUUCGUUACUUGAAACAAAUGUUGAUCCUGACCUGUUGAUUAAAGAAUUUGAACUUUCUCCCGGUACAGCAAUGCGUAGUUUAUCUUUGGCUGGCAUAUCACCUGAAUCUGAUAUGUAUCCAUGCUUGAAGAUAUGUUUUGAAAGACUAAAUCCUGAACUACAAAAUCAUCUUAUUGCAUUGUCUGUUUUUCCGUCAUCAUUUAAGAUACCCGACACAAGUUGUGUUCUUCGUGAUAUGUCCGAUCUUCAACGUCAGCUCAUUAUCACUCAACUUGUUGAUAGCUCAUUUGUUCGUCCUCAUACUAAAGAAAGGAGUUUUUAUGCCAUACAUAGCAUUGUAUUAAUAUUCUGUAAAGAAUUGUUAAAAGAAAAACACGAUCUUCAAGAGUUAUAUGAGAACGCUAGACGUCACUUCAAUUUGUACUUCUUAACUAUUCUCAAAGAUAUGAAUACAAAGUUUUAUGGGAAUGGAGAAAAUCUUCAAGAAGCUCUUGUAGCAUUUGAAUGCCAUAAGAAUAACAUUUUUCGUGCACUGGAAGGAUCGAUUCAUGACAAGAAGUUGGUGAAUUACGCUGCAGACAUACUGAAUAGUUCAUUUAAGUUUUUUACAGUUCGUCUAUCAAGCUCUGAGUUCACUCAACUCUAUAAAAGUUUCCUACAAAUUUUUGAGAAAAAUACGGAUAGAAAACGUUACAGCGAUUGUUUGGUAUCACUGGGUUUUCAUCAGUUUUGGGUUAUGUGUACAUGUGUUCGACCUUGUCAUAAAGCUACCAAGAUCUUUAAGAAGGCAUUUGAUUUACAGAAAGAGUUAGGAAUGACUAAAACUGAACAGCAUGUUGAAUGCCUGAGUAAGUUAGCAAGAAGUUAUGCAUUUGAAGGGCCAUUGGCGAACUCAGUCAUUUUAGCGGAUGAAGCCAAAACUAUCGCGGAGGAGAUUAAAACUAACAACCUGACAAUGAUGUCUGUAUUUAAUGAUUAUGCUGCUGUUUAUAGUUAUCAUAAACAUCAUAAAACUGCCAUUGAAUUGAGAGAAAGAAUAUUACCAAUGGCCAAUAAAGAAAUAAAGGAUAAUCCUUCCAUUGCUAUGGUGUAUGAAGAACUCGGUAGCUCAUACGAAGCUAUUGGAAGGACGGAAAAAUCAAUGGAAUGUCGAAGGGAAGCUAUCAGGAUCUACAAAGGUUUUCUAGGAGAUCAUAAAUUCACUGCAACAUCCUAUUUGGGUCUCGGAAAAACGCUCAAGUCACUAGGUAAUCAUGAAGGUGCGCUUGCUGUACUUCGUCAAGCUCUCGAGAUUCAACGUAGAACAAUCGGUCCUCAUGAUGAGACUGUAAUGACUAGUGAAGAAAUUGAGAAAGUUUAUCGAAGUCUUGGACGUGUAAAAGAAGCGGAAAGUGCUGCUAGAUUUACUAAGAAAUUAAACGAAGAUAAAAAACGAAUUGAAAAAGCAAUGGAAGAUUUAAAGAUUUAGUUGUUGAAGAUACAGCCGUCAGAUUAAAGGAUUUUGUUGGAAUUCGGAAGAUGUCAAAGAUAAACAAGUAAAAAUUAGCAAUAGAAACAACGUCAUUUUAAACCAUUAGUUGUUAUCUCAAUUCACGCUUGUUUAAUUUUUAAUGAUUGCAUUAAUAAGUAAUUGCUUCAAACGUUUUCUUCAACAAAACAUGCUAAAGCCAUCGUGUUUAUAGUUACCUUAAUGAUUAUUGAUACAACCUGACACUUUGACCUAACAUUCGUCAUAUCCAAUCAACUCCCUUUGCCAUAAUCCUUUUUCGAGUAAUCUUGUAUUACCUAGCAACUUCGACGUUUUGUCAACUAUAAGAAAGUUUCAAUUUCAAUAAACAAAGUACUUGGCA